AACAGUUCCCUUUAAAAGUGAUUUCUGGAAAGUUUGUUUUUGUUUUUUAUAGAAUAAAAAGCCCAAAUCAUCUGAAUCAUCAUUGCUACACUGGAUAGACGAUGGCGUGAUCCCUUGUACUCCUUAUAAUCCGAAGCCCACAGCCAGAAGGAGGUCCUGUCGACAGAGCUGCGUGAAGGACCUCAUGAAGCUUGCCAAGGAGCUUGAUAAAAACAUGCAGCAAGACGAGAAGACUUCAGUCCAACAGAAUGCUGUCAUCAGCCAACCUUUGAACGCCUCAGAAAUCAACAUACAGGAUCCAAAGUGUCCGUCCUCGUUGGAGCAGGCAGAGGCAGAGCUGAAUGCUCUGUUUGACUCGUCCACUCAGGGAAUCAGUGGGAGGUUGAGUCAGGGUUCAGUCUCCACUCAGGACAGAAAGGACCAACCAAAGACUCCUGUUUAUGCUGAUCACAAACAGUUAGAACAUAAGACAGCAGAUAAGCUUCCCGAAAAUAAUUCAGUCUACUUUGAGGAUGACUGGGACAAUGACGACCUAAUCAAUGACCCCUUGAUCUUGGCGCUGACGCAGGAUCCCAACGGUCCUAUUGACGCUCAUCCUGAGACUUCGGUAAAGUGUCCCAUUCAAACAAACACUAAAACACUAGCCUCUGUUUUCAAAACUACUACAAGUCGAAGGAGCUUCAAACUGGAACCCAACCCUCACUUCCAGACCAGACUGGAUAAAGAUGCAGAGGAGUCCAGCUUCACUGUUAUACAGCCCAAAUCAAAGAGCCCUGCGCAGACCUCUGCUACCAGGAAGACAAUCACAAAUCCACAACCAAACAAAGUUACUGAGAAAGUAAAGUUUUUCCUGUCAGGCCCACCAGGCAAUGAUGCUUCAGACAGUUUCUGGGACGAUGGCGAUGACGAUGCCCUUCUCUACCAGCUAUGUGACAGGGUGGAGAGGGUUUCCAACAACCAGCUGCAGGAAGUGAGUCACAGAAACUGUGAAGAGAAGCCAAAACGGCCCACAGCCAGACACCAGAACAUCACAGAUCUUCAAGUCAACGCUGAACCCCCGGGGGCUUCCGGUAUGAAUGCAAAUAGACAAUCAUCGGGUUCUUUUGUCCGUUGCAACUCGUUACCAGUGACAACCCAUGAAAUGGGGAACUAUCAAGGAUGGAACAUUCCUUUGAGAGGUGGCGCCCAGAAAGCGGGAGUUGCUCAAAGCUUCCCAGGUGGGAAUGUCGGUUUGGGAAAGUUAAACCAUGGUGCGAUUCAGGCUGAUGCGGAUAUGAAACCUCAUACAGUGACAACCAGAGUACCUCAGAAUUCAAGGUCCCAUCAUGCAGCAUUCAAAAGAAAUGUGUCGGACUCAGCCAUCAUCAGCAACAAGGUUUUUGUCACCAACCAGACCACAGGAAAAUGCUCUGCAGCUGAGAUUGAGAGGAAGAGGCAGGAGGCCUUGGCCAGGAGGCGACUGAGGAUGCAAACCCCUCAAAUCCACAACAGCUGAAGAAAAAGAUCUUUAUUACACAAAAAGCUUGACAUCAAUGAAUGAAAAUACUUCAUUAAUGUAACUUUAAACCAAAGAGGCUGAAUUAGGUUCAGAUUCAGCAUAACUCUUGCAGUGUGUAACCUUUUGUUUUUGCACAGAUUAUGAACCAAUUUUGUACUGAAACAUUGUUUUGACAUUUGAAUGUUUGAUUUGAACACCUUUAGAAAUGUUUUUUGUAGUUUUUUUUAACCACAAAUCAACCCAACUGAAACAUCAAA